AUGGCCGUCCGGGAAUGGUUACGCCCUAAAGACACGCCUAUCUCCUUCUUCCACUCUAAAGCAGGAGAUGGUGGGUUACAAAUCUGCCAGUUUACAAAGUGGAUUCCAUUCCUGAAGUUGAGACAGCAGGAACGUUUGGAAAACUUCAAUCAUCCAGCUUUCAAACAGCAUAAAGAACACCUACAGGAAUUACCACUCAAAGCAGUAAAAUACCCAGAAAUAAAUAAUGAGUCCUGUAAAACUAAUGAAGAAAUCAGUGACAAAACAGCCAAAGAUCUAUAUAAAAUGCUCGAUGGGAGAGGUCUUAAACACGCGAAAGAAGUCCGAGCCAUUCAUUCAUGGAAAACUGAUGGAAAUAAGCUCCAGAGAGGAGCAUCCUUCAUCUCCUCAGUUAAAGUCCAUGGAAACCUACUUUCAAUGCAAGCAAGGGCUGCAAGGGGGCGCAAUGAAACCACUAUGUGUAACGCAGGGUGCAACAGUCGUGCUUCCCUGAGUCACAUCCCCCAAGAAUGCUCCAGAACACACGGAGCACGAAUCAGAAGACACGACGCCUUAGUAAAACUAGUAAAUGAAAAACUAAGGAAUCUAAACUUUACCACCUUAACUGAAAAAAAAAUUAAAACAACAGCAGGACUACGUAAGCCAGACAUCAUCAUUGUUAACAGCAUUGAAUCUUGGGUAAUCGACGCGCAAGUGGUCAACGGCUAUGACGACCCUGAAGAUCUGCACCACCUUAAGAAACAAUAUAAUAACCCAGACAUCAUAAAAUGGAUUAAAGACAAAACAGGCUGCCAAUCAGUUAAGUUUACAACAAUAACUUACAAUUGGCGGGGAAUCAUGUCGAAAACAUCUGCCAACGAUCUAAUUGAUCUGGGAAUAACAAAGAAAGACCUGAAGAUAUCUGAUUGGAAAGAAAGUUCUCGGAAUUUCUUGAAUAUCCAGUACAAUUUUUUUUCCAGAGCAUGCUAG